GGGGCCGCGGCUCCCGCUGGCUCCGGGACUCGGCGGCUCCUGCCGGACGCACCAUGGGCGGCCCCGGUGGGGCGGAGGGGAGCGGGACCCCCGAGGGGAGCGGGGAGCCGCCGAGGAGCCGCGGGGAGCCCCCGGCGCUGCCCCGGGACCACGAACUGUCCGGCAAGGUGAUGUUACUUGGAGACUCGGGCGUGGGGAAAACCUGCUUCCUGCUCCAGUUCAAAGACGGGGCCUUUCUCUCCGGGACAUUCAUUGCCACCGUGGGCAUAGAUUUCCGGAACAAAGUGGUGGCCGUGGAUGGUGUGAAGGUGAAGUUGCAGAUCUGGGACACAGCCGGGCAGGAGCGUUUCCGCAGCGUCACCCACGCCUACUACCGGGAUGCCCAAGCCCUGCUCCUGCUCUACGAUAUCACCAGCAAGAUGUCCUUUGACAACAUCCGUGCCUGGCUGACAGAGAUCCAUGAGUAUGCCCAGAAGGACGUGGUCAUCAUGCUGCUGGGCAAUAAGGCUGAUGUGAGCAGCGGGAGGGCUGUGAGGACAGAGGAUGGAGCAUCACUGGCCAGGGAGUACGGAGUGCCUUUCAUGGAGACGAGUGCCAAGACAGGCAUGAACGUGGAGCUGGCCUUCCUGGCCAUUGCCAAGGAGCUGAAGCAGCGCUCGGUGCAGCCGCUGGAUGAGCCCCGCUUCCAGAUCCACGAGUACAUCGAGUCACAGAAGAAGAAAUCCAGCUGCUGUGCCUUCUCCUGAGGGUGGCCCAGAGGAGCUGGCAGGCCUGGGGGCCCAGGCAGGAGGCAGAGCAGGGCCCAAUCCUGCCCUCAAGCACCAGAGGGAACCAAGCUCUGACAAACCAAGGUGGAUGGGACAGUACAAUGAAGCAGAGUGCACGAGGAGGGCCCUUGCCCUGGUGCCAGGAUUCAGAUCCUGCUGCCCUGCAGGGCAAUGACCUGUGUGCCACCGUGGGAAUCACUCUGGUGUGGUGACUGCCAGCCUGGCCAUCGAGCCAUGGUGAUGCAACACCUCCAUCACAUGAGGGUGCAGGACACAGCCACACACCUCACUGACCCUUGGGACCCUUGGAGCAGCUGUGCCAUGGAUGAGCCCCCCUGCAGCCCCCAGUCCUGCCCUCUCCUUGCAGCUCCUCCUGCUCACAGUGCUGCUCCUGUCCAACUGGAAGGACCUGGUCCAGCCCCUGUGUCCCUAGUGCUGCCAGGCUCUGGCUUCCCUCCAAGGAACCUCAGCUCUGCCCCACACCCCAAUGCCCACGCUCAGCUGUGGCUCCUCAUUUCUGCUGCCAAUGGCUUUUAUCCUCCUGCCACCACAAAGCCAAUGAUGUCCCCAUUGUAUCCUGGCUCUGCUCGAGGGAAGGGCUGGGAUGGGGAAGGGUCCAGCCAAACCUGCUCCCUGCCCACACAGCUGGUGUGAGAAGUAAAAUUCCCCUGGGAGCAUCCGAGCAAUGCUUGGGGCACUUCUGGUACACACAAUAAUUUGGAAAAACUUUGCUUCCCCCAUGUUGUAGCAACAGAAAUCAGAGAUUUUUUAUUUUUUAACAGGAAAAGGCUUUUUCAUUUCAGACUAGCCUCCAGACUAAACCAUCUCCAGCCUCACGCAGGAGAUGCCCACAGUGGCAUCACCUGGGGUGAUGCUCCAGCCCUGCUGCCUCCCAGGCCAGGCUGCAUUUCUCUCCCAUGCAAUACAACCAUGCCUUGCUGCUGCUGGCAAAUAGCAGCUGGAACCCACUUUCUGGAGAUCAGAUGCCUGAGAGCCUUCAGCCAGCAAACGCUGCUCCCUUGGGCACUGGUGGGGCUCAGGGACGUCCCUGGUGCUCAGCCCAGCUUUGUUGCUCUCUCGAGCACACUGUCCACUCCCCUGAGCACUACCCAGAGCAGUCAGAUGGUGAAUAUUUGGGUUGUGUAGCUGAAGCACUGAUGCAGAGAGCAGCUGUGGAGGGCAUGGCACUGCUGCACGUAGGACUCAGGGACUGUCCAGCACAUCUGUCCCCAUAAUCUUCCCUGGCCCUGUGCCUGACUGCUCCUGUCUCACCUGCCCCAGUGCCUCCUUCACCUCUGCUUCUGGGUCUCUCUUUGCAAGUUUACAGAUUAAAGCUGAGUAUUUUUGAGGCUUUGCAUCUGUCUGGUUGUUUAUUGCGUGAGAAAUCCCUGCCCUGGGUCUGCAACGUGGGAGGCUGCUGCACACAGGAGCUGCAGAGCCUGUGCUGGGGGCCCUGGGAGCAGCCAGGGGAGGGGGAGGCAGCACAGCCCCUUCCUCCCUGCCUUCCUGCCGGGGGGGCUUAAUUGCACAUUGCAGACAGACCAAAGGUGAGAGGGGAAGAGUAAACAUGGCCUGUUAAAUUAAAACCAACCUCCUCCCCUGCUGUUCUCAUGGUGCGGAGUCCAGCAUUCCCCAAAUAACUCCGUCUUCCCACCAAUGGCAUUGCUGCUGCCGCUUGGCUGAUGUCUGCAAAAAAAUGCUGGAUGGCUUCAACACAAACAGACGUUGGCUCUUUUCUCUUUCCCCCCUCCUGCCUGAGCUCCUUUAACUUCACUCCAAGAGGCAAAGGGCAGGAGGAGACAGCUGGGGCACGACGGUCCUGCCUGUGCCCGGCCAUCCCGAAGGCACUAUAGGACACCAACGCAGUUUCAGCUGUUUCCUUUGCUGCUGCCUUUCUUCCUUAUCACGGUCCCGUGCUCAAACCAGUCCUGCUGGAGCUGGGUUUUGUUUCCUGACUUAGAUGUUCUGCAUCUGCCCUUCCCAGAAGCUCACUUGUGGGACUGUGCUGCUCACAACCCCCUUGCCAAUCACAUGGGUGAUAGAUCCCCCCGUCCUGGGGCCGUACCACAACAUGCUUGCCCUGGUUUUCCUCUCCACAGGCAUUUGCUGCCGGCUGCCGUGGGAUUCCUCUCCGACGCUUUUCUCAGGGCCCAGUGGCUGCGGGCGAAUGCUCAGCCGAGUGGAGGAAACAAAUGAGUCCACCCUCUGCUCCCAGCUGGGUCCCACAGAGCUGGAGCACGGCCACCCCGAGCACACAGGGGGUUCCCGAGCAGGGUUUUGGGGCACAGCACCUUGUGACAGACAUGUCCCAUGGCUCGCAGCUCCCCCCUCCUUGCUCGCCUGUCUGCAGCUCGGUUAAACGUGGUCCUGGCUGCCCUGAGGACCUUUGCCCAGGAACUUCAGCCAGGCCCUGCACUGGGAGACACCGAAGGUAUCUCUGUGCCACCCUCUCUGGGACAGUCCCAGGAGCCAGCUCUGCCUGGCACUAGCAGCCCUGCAGCAGCCGGAGCAGCCCAGGAUUGUUGCUGCCUUGCUCUGCCCUGGUUGAGCCCAAACCCUCAUAUGCUCAUGACCCUCUGCAGCUACUUCUGCUCCUCAGUCCACGAGCAGAGAACAUGGAGCCAGGGCAAAGCAAAUCCUCUGGGGUUCCCUCCAUCUUCUCCCAGCUCUAGGGUGCUGAGCAAGGUUCAGAGGCGGCUGGGGGAACAGGGCUGGUAUCUCACUUCCACUGCAAAGCGAGUUACCUUCCCUCUUCCCGGCCUGCUGUCCCACGCAGUUUCGUUUCGGGGAUUUUAUUUUACUGUCGAAGCUUGGAGCAUCCCUCCACCCUAUACACCGGAGCAGCGCUGGGACCGACUGCAGCCUUCGAGGACUGGGCGAUAAUUACGGGAUGGAAGGUUUCCGAGAGGUCACCCGGGAUGUGCCGCUGAUCUCUGGUCAAGGUCGGGGCUGUCUCCGUGCCGAUGCGCGGUGCGGGGAGCACAGCGAGGAUCGGGAGCUGCCGCGGUGGGCUGGGGUGACCCAGGGGCAGGCGGAGGUGGCUGCGGGGGUUGCCUGGCCCCCGGGAGGAGCGGCCGGACCCCCAACGGGAGCGGUCCGGUCCCGCUGCGGGCGCCCAGCCCGCCCCCCCGGGGCGAGGAUAUUUGCAUACCACCAUCUUCAUUUGCAUAACCCCACCUUAAUAUUUGCAUAGACACGCCU